UAUUCUAUCUGAUUGUACCUGAGAUUCCAAAUUAAAAUAAGCUAUUUGGCACUUAAAACCGCAUAACAUUUUACUGAACUAGGAAAUCCCUCAACGGACUAGAAAUAAUAAAUUCUAUCAUAUAGUAGGUAUAUACAGUAUAAGUAAGUAAUACUGAUUAAUAUUUUAUUUUAGAUUUUAUGCAUAAUUAUUCCGGUACACUUAAUUCUUACGCAUUGCGUGAGUAAUUCUUUAAAAUCAAUAUUUGUUCAGAUUAAAAUAAAAGAUGGACCAGUUCUAAUUUGCUUAGAAGGACGUCAUUCUCAACAGUCACCGCCUGUGGCCUAAAGUAUUUUGAUUUUACUAAACUUACAGCAGCAUUUAAUUCAGAAUAUAAUAAAUUAUAAAAAAAUACCUAAUAUACCAAAAUGAAUAGCGAACAAUUUCGAAAGUUUGGUAAAGAAUUAGUAGAUGUAUUAGCUGAUUACAUCGACAACAUACGAGACCGCGAUGUUUUGCCAACGGUUGAACCUGGUUAUCUCAGUGAAAUGCUUCCGGAUGAAGCUCCGGAAGAACCGGAGGACUGGAAAGACGUUAUGAAGGUCAUCAAUGAUGCGAUAAUGCCUGGCAUAACUCACUGGCAGUCACCGCACUUCCAUGCUUUUUUUCCUACAGGGCACUCGUUUGCAAGCCUUUUGUGCAGUAUGCUUAGUGAUGGUUUGGCAGUCCUUGGACUUAACUGGCUGUCGAGUCCAGCCUGCACUGAAUUAGAAAUUGUAACAAUGAACUGGCUUGGAAAACUGUUUGGACUACCCGAAGAAUUUCUAAAUCGUUCUUUGGGCCCUGGUGGUGGAAUUAUUCAGGGAUCAGCAAGCGAGGCAACAUUGAUGGCAUUGCUCGUAGCAAAAGACAAAACUAUUCGCAUUUUAAAAACACAUGAUCCGAAUCUUGAUAACGACACUGCGAAAUCGAAACUCGUUGCUUACACGUCUGAUCAAUGUAAUUCAUCUGUCGAGAAAGCUGGACUCCUAGGUUCUAUGAAGAUGAGAUUACUUCAAUCUGAUGUUAAUGGAUGUCUACGAGGUGAAACACUUAAAAAUGCCAUGAACGAAGAUAAAGCUUUAGGGUUUACACCUUGUUAUGUUAUCGCUACACUCGGCACUACUGCUACUUGUGCGUUUGAUUUUCUGAGUGAAUUAGGCCCUAUCUGUAAAGAAGCAAAUGUAUGGUUGCAUGUAGACGCCGCAUACGCAGGCUCUGCAUUUAUUUGCCCUGAAUAUAGAUAUUUAAUGAAAGGUAUCGAAUUUACCGAUUCUAUAGUCGUUAACGCGAAUAAAUGGAUACCAGUAAAUUUUGACUGCUCUACUAUGUGGGUUAGAAAUUCUUGUGAUCUAAUGCGUGCGUUCGAUGUUCAAAGAGCUUACUUAAACGAUAUAGCAGACCAUCAAAAAAUCCCGGACUACAGACACUGGCAAAUACCCCUAGGUCGACGAUUUAGAUCGUUGAAAUUAUGGACAGUAAUUAAAAUUUAUGGCGCUGCAGGUAUCAGAAAACAUAUUAGAACUCAAAUUGCUUUAGCGCUUUAUUUUGCAGAGCUAGUUCGUGCUGAUGAUCGCUUUGUGGUUGAACCAGAACCUUCUAUGGGAUUAGUUUGCUUUAGGCUCAAAGAGGGAGAAAAUUUCACGAUACAAAUGUUAGAUAUCUUGACAAAACGAAAGAAAGUUUUCAUGGUAGCGGGUUCUUUUAAAAAUAAGUAUGUCAUACGAUUUGUUAUUUGUUCAAGUUUAACAACACAUGAAAACAUCGAUUACAGUUGGAGAAAAAUCAAGGAAGUAGCAGAUCUUAUCUUAAACGCAGACAAAAUAAAUAGCAGUACUAAAAUAGGUAUUCACUAAAAAGGUACCUACAUUAUUAUCUAAUCCAUGUUCUAAUAAAUCCUUACAACUACGAAGUAUGUAGUCUAUUGUCUAAGGCAGGCUUUUCCGCACACUCACGCUUUUUAUCGUCAAA